AUGAAUUCCUACCGUAUUGUAGGGCGCCUUGUCAAGACCAACAAGCUCUCAAGGUUCACCAAUAGCAAAGCUUUCGCAGCAACAUGCAAGCGCUUUUCGACAGCCGCUCCUUCGGCGGACACGCUCCCACUGGCCGGCAUUCGAGUUUUGGAUAUGACUAGGGUUCUCGCCGGACCUUACUGUACUCAAAUACUCGGCGAUUUAGGGGCGGAAGUGGUCAAGAUUGAGCACCCCACACGAGGAGAUGAUACACGAGCAUGGGGUCCUCCGUAUGCCAAAUACAAAGACGAUACCACGGAAGGCCCAGGAGAAAGUGCUUAUUACUUAGGUGUCAACCGAAACAAGAAGUCUGUUGGGUUAUCGUUUGCGCACGAAUCCGGUAUCGAGAUUCUCCAUAAGCUUGCAAAGGAGAGCGAUGUGUUUGUGGAGAAUUAUAUACCCGGGUCUUUGAAGAAAUAUAAGAUGGAUUAUGAAUCACUCCGAGCCAUAAACCCAAGAUUAAUCUACGCUAGCAUCACUGGCUAUGGGCAAACAGGACCAUACAGCAAGCGGGCUGGUUAUGAUGUGAUGGUUGAGGCCGAGAUGGGAUUGAUGCAUAUCACCGGAUCAAGAGAUGGGCCACCAGUUAAGGUUGGAGUUGCCGUGACCGACUUAACCACAGGUCUUUACACGUCGAACGCAAUCAUGGCCGCACUCAUAGCUCGUGGUAGAACUGGGAAAGGCCAACACAUUGAUGCUUGCUUGAGUGACUGUCAAAUAGCGACACUUGCAAAUCUUGCAAGCUCGGCACUUAUUAGCGGGGAGAAAGACUCUGGACGAUGGGGGACAGCUCAUCCUUCGAUCGUUCCCUAUCGAAGCUUUAAAACGAAAGACGGCGAUAUUCUUCUUGGUGGAGGGAAUGACAGGCUAUUUGGUGUCCUUUGUGACAGACUAGGUCACCCGGAGUGGAAGACUGACGAACGUUUUAUCACGAAUGCUCUUCGUGUCAAGAAUCGGGAGAUCAUCGACAAACUCAUUGAGGACCUUACUGAGCAACGGACGACUCAAGAAUGGUUGGAGGUUAUGGAAGGCAGUGGUAUGCCGUAUGCGGCUGUAAAUGAUAUCCAGGGCGCUCUAAACCAUUCGCAUGUACUUGCUCGAGGAAUGGUACAGGAGAUUGACCACCCGAACUGCGGACCUAUCAAACUCGUGAAUACCCCAGUCAAAUAUUCCCAUGCCACCCCAGGCAUACGGACACCGCCUCCAACGCUUGGGCAACACACUGACGAGAUUUUGAGCAAUAUCAUGGGCUAUGACAAAGGGAAAAUAGCCCAGCUGAAGGCGGACGGGAUUGUUUCCUAG